AACGUAGAGGAAGUUAUACAGAAAACAAGCAGAGCAUAGUUCGGAGAAUUCCACAAAAGUAGGAAAUGAGCAACAGUCACUGGCAGUUCUACAGGGCUGCGGGAGCACAAACAGCCUGGCUGCAGUACCACGCACAGGGAAGUUAAGAAGCUUCGAUAUCCUGUAGGAAAUCUACUGGGAGAAUGAGUCCAAAUAUUUGCUGGCUUUGCAAGACAUUCAGAGCAGAAGAAAAUAGGAUCAUUUCUAGGCUGUCUUUGGAUGAAGUGCUACAGUGGUCCCAGUCUUUUGAGAAACUGAUAACAAGUAAACAUGGACCUAUGAUCUACAAGACCUACUUGAAGACAGAGCACAGUGAAGAAAACAUAGACUUCUGGCUUGCUUGUGAAGCUUAUAAGAAGAUCACAUCACAAAGAAAAAGGAUUUAUGUGGCCAGGAAACUUUUUGCAAGUUACAUUCAACCCCAGGCUCCAAAAGAGAUUAAUAUUGACAGCCCGGUGAAGAAAUCCAUUAUCAAGAACGUACAAGAACCAACACAGUCCUGCUUUGAUGAAGCACAACAAGAAGUUUAUAUACACAUGGAAAGAGAUUCCUACCCUCGAUUUCUUGAGUCAAAGUUCUAUCAACAGCUCAAAUACAGACUCCAAACUGAUAGCAUUAAAGAGAAGGGAAGAAAACUUGCUCCUCUAGCCUGAGUUUCUAAGACUUAAAGUAAACAACAACAAAUCACAGUAGACUAGUACUUAUAUAAUCAUCUGUUAUACUGUUCUGCUGAUGUUAGAAUUGAUGAAGAACUACUUUCCCUCUUUUCCCAUGGAAAUGUUCUAGUUUGGCUUCCCCCAAAUGAUUUGGCUGCAUAUAACUUAGAGGAAAGAAAUACCUGCAUUGCUGCAUUCACCACUUUUUUGUUGUUGUUUUACUUCUAUAUUCUGCCACAAUAAAAGAAAUGAACCAAA